ACCACGCCAUUGAAGGAUUUUCGUGCAUGCGCGGAGAUUUUUCAGUGACCUGGGGAUCGAUUCUGUAUCUUGAAACGGUGAAAAUUACAAAAAUACAAAAUCGACCUCCUAAUGGAACAACAUUGAUCUUAAGAAUUUAAUCACCAGGGUCUCCAGCGACUCCGAUUGUCUCUGUUUGAUCUCUCAUUUGCCUUCACCCCAUCAAUUAACUUUAUAUAUUCAUAGCCUCAUCAUCCCAUGUGAUUAAUGCAAGACGAUGUAACGAUUAGCAUACGAUGAGUAAGGUUUUUUCUCUGUUUAAUUGAUUCAAUAGUCAAAGUGCGAAGUAGAAAACUGAAGUGGGAAAUAGAAGUAAAAGUGCGCAUGUUGCUGUAGAUUUUUAUAAAUUACAGAGGUUGCUAUGAUAAAAUGUCCAACACGCUCACUCCAUUUGUAUAUUGGGCUCAGACAGAGAGUCAAGUUACACUGAAGGUAGACUUGACUGAUGUAAAGGAUCUUAAUGUCAAUCUAAAAGAAACUACAUUGCAAGUUACAGUCUAUGGACAUGGAGCCAGAGGAGUGAACAGUUAUAGCUUUGAUUUAAAUCUUUACUCACCUAUCGAUCCAAAUGAAAGUAAUUACAAGGUAAUUGAUCGUGAGGUGAACUUUGUUUUGAGAAAGAAAUGUAAUGGCUGGUGGCCGAGAUUGAUAAGUCAACCACAGAAGCCCUCGUGGCUUAAGAUUGAUUUUGAUAAAUGGAAAAGCGAAGACAUGGACGACAAUGAAGAUGAGAAGCGUAAUAUUCUCAACGAUUAUCCUGAUAUGUAUGAUAAAUUGCACAAAGAAGAAUUAGGAUAUAGAAAAGAGGACUUUGCGAAGGUAUAUCUAGUCAUAUAUAAUCUCUGUCAAUUUGUUGGUUUUAUUUAUGUGUUUGCUGUAAUGGCUAUAAGAUAUUCCCGCGACGGACCAGAUUCCAUGAAAGAAACAUAUGAUGCAGUUGGCAAUCCACUCAAAUUUAUACAACUGUUACAAUUUUUGGAGGUAAUGCAUCCUCUAUUCGGAUAUACGAAGAACAGCAUACUAGUAUCUUUCUUACAAACAGGAGGUAGAGCAUUCAUACUGUUCUUCAUGAUCGACGCUGAGCCUCGUAUGCAAACCAAACCAGUCAUUUUCUAUCUGUUUCUGAUAUGGAGCACGGUAGAAAUAAUCAGAUAUCCGUAUUACAUCAUGCAAUUGUUGAACAUUCAAAUAGCCUUCCUAACGUGGCUGAGAUACACAAUAUGGAUACCGUUGUACCCGCUCGGCUUCGUAUGCGAGGGUAUUAUAAUGCUACGAGAUAUUCCGUACUUUGAGGAAACUCAGAAGUUCACGAUUUUUUUGCCAAACAGUUAUAAUUUUGCUCUUCACUUCCCGUCUCUAAUAAGAUUUUAUUUACUCUUCUUAUUCAUGCCUGGAAUAUAUACGCUAAUGUCUCGUAUGAAUCAGCUGCGCUUCAGAAAACUUAACAAUAAGUCUAAUAUUAAAAAGAAGUACAACUGAUUUCGGAUAAUCUUCAGGCUUAUUCCUCUUUUUAUCUAUAAUCUCACUUGUGCAGAAGAUGUAGGCAAUAAAAAAAACGAGGUGCAUAGAAGGCAUAAUAAGCUCUGUUUAGCAUAUACUUUUUUAUAAUAAUGUAAUUUUGUAUAGAUGUUUAUAUCGCUUCCAAGGGUAAAUAUUUCAAGAAUAUAAUUUAAAUGUUAUU